UUCACCGUUAAGGACAGAGCCUAGUUUUUUAGCACAUUAGCCACGUGUACAAUACUAGGAAAGCGGUCCUGAACACUAAAACCCAGAGCCGCUGGACGCUAAGGUAAGCUCCCGCCCUAUGGGUGUGUCUAGCGCCGCGAGAGCGCAGUGUGUCCACCUGCAGAGCGCCUUGCGCGGCACUACAUUACCACGCUGCCGCGCGCAACUCUGCUUCUCCCGGCAGCACAUCCACCGUUCACAGGACCACUCAGACGCUGCGUCUUAACCGGAUGACCAGGGAUUUAUCCACGCGCAUAAGAGAUAUACGUUCAAUUUAAGUUGGGUUGAUAACUUUAUUGGGUUCCAAGCUUUGUUCGGUUCUGGACAAACGGCAUCUGCUGUGGAUAGACCGCUGACGGAGGAGCUCAGAGGAUCUGCUAGAUGAUUUCUAAAUGUUGAUUUGCCCCAUCAAAAUAUUCCACAGGCUAAACACCCUCAGGGACUAAACAGCUACUGGACUGUCCAAGCGCAGUGCUUGGAGACCGAGGGAGCGUUAUGCAGGGGGACCGAGUGUGUUGGCUGCUGGUCCUGUUGGCCAUCUCCUCCGGGACCCUCCUCCCGUCUAACGAGCCCCUCUCUGCUCCCAGGGUCUUCCUCUCCUUCAAAGAGCUGAGGUCCACCGGCACCGCCCACCACUUCUCCUUCCUGCUCAACUCGUCAGACUACCGGAUCCUGCGCAUGGACGAGGACCACGACCGCAUGUACGUGGGCAGCAAGGACUACCUACUGUCCCUGGACCUGCACGACAUCAACAAGGAGCCACUCAUAAUCCACUGGCCUGUGGCCCCCCAGAGGAAGACAGAGUGUGUGUUGUCAGGGAAGGACACUAAUGGAGAAUGUGGAAACUUCAUCCGUCUGAUUGAGCCCUGGAACCGGACCCACCUGUAUGUGUGUGGGACGGGGGCCUACAACCCCAUCUGCACCUACGUGGACCGGGGCCGCAGGUCCCAGGGCUCCCUCCACCUUCAGAACCCCCAGUCUGGAAGCAGAACCAAUCGCGCGGCCGACUACAGCUCCACGGCAGGCCCUGUGGAUGCACAGCAAUACAUAUUUCGUCUAGAGCCAGGCAAAGUGGAUUCUGGGAAAGGCAAAUGUCCGUACGACCCCAAACUCAACAGUGUCUCAGCAUUGAUUAAUGGAGAGCUGUACGCUGGGGUGUACAUCGACUUCAUGGGCACCGACUCGGCCAUCUUCCGCACGCUCGGGAAGCAGACUGCCAUGAGGACCGAUCAGUACAACUCCAGAUGGCUGAACGACCCCACGUUCAUCCACGCACACCUCAUCCCAGACAGCACGCAGAAGAACGACGAUAAGCUGUACUUCUUCUUCCGGGAGAAGUCGUCAGAGAUGGGCCAGAGUCCCAUGGCCCAGUCCAGGAUAGGCCGGAUCUGCCUGAACGACGACGGGGGCCACUGCUGUCUGGUGAACAAGUGGAGCACGUUCCUGAAGGCCCGACUUAUCUGCUCGGUGCCCGGGGCGGACGGCAUCGAGACGCACUUCGACGAGCUCCGGGACGUGUACAUCCAGCCCACCCAGGACACCAGGAACCCGGUCAUCUACGCAGUGUUCUCCGUCUCAGGGUCGGUGUUUAAAGGCUCGGCCGUGUGUGUCUACUCCAUGGCCGACAUCCGCAUGGUGUUCAACGGGCCCUUCGCCCAUAAAGAGGGCCCCAACUACCAGUGGGUCGCCUACACCGGGAAGAUCCCCUACCCGAGGCCCGGCACUUGUCCCGGAGGUACGUUCACCCCCAACAUGAAGUCCACCAAGGACUACCCCGACGAGGUCAUCAACUUCAUGAGAAACCACCCGACCAUGUACAACGCCGUGUACCCGGUGCACAAGCGCCCCCUGGUGGUCAGAACCAACGUGGACUAUGAGUUCACCACCAUCACCGUGGACCAGGUGGCCGCCGCCGACGGCAGCUAUGAGGUGCUGUUCCUGGGGACAGACCGGGGAACGGUCCAGAAGGUCAUCGUCCUGCCCAGGGACGACCUGCUGACCGAGGAGCUGGUGCUGGAGGAGGUGGAGGUCUUCAGGGUACCCACCCCGAUCACCAGCAUGAGGAUCUCCUCCAAACGGCAACAACUGUACGUGAGCUCCGUGCUGGGCGUGACCCACCUGGCGCUGCACCGCUGCGACGUGUACGGGGAGGUGUGUGCCGACUGCUGCCUGGCCCGGGACCCCUACUGCGCCUGGGACGGCAAGACCUGCUCCCGCUACUCUGCGUCCCAGAAGAGAUCUGACCCCUCUAGACGCAGCCGACGGCAGGAUGUGAAGUACGGAAACCCCAUACGCCAGUGCAGGGGCUACAACUCCAUCGGCAAUAAGAACACGCUGGAGACGGUGCAGUACGGGGUGGAGGGCAGCACCACCUUCCUGGAGUGCCAGGCCCGGUCUCCCCACGUGUCCCUCAAGUGGCACCUGCAGAGGGAGAACAGCGACCGCAGGAAGGAGAUCCGCUCGGAGGGCCGGGUGCUGAAGACGGAGCAGGGCCUGCUCAUCCGCUCGCUGCAGGGCUCCGACAGCGGCGUGUACCUGUGCACGUCCACCGAGAAGAACUUCAAGCACACGCUGGUGAAGUUGCAGCUGGUGGUGCUGUCGGGGCGCACCGUCAACAACGUGCUGGUGGAGGCGGGGGGGCCGGCGCCGCCGCCGCCGCCGCUGCAGUCCAGCGCCUGGACGCCCAGCGCCGGCCAGUACAAGGACCUGCUGACCAUCCUGAGCCAGCCCGAGAUGGGCCUCAUCAACCAGUACUGCCAGGACUACUGGCAGCUGGGAGACGGAGCCGGAGGGGGAGGAGGAGGAGGAGGAGGAGGAGGAGGAGGAGGAGGAGGCGCGGUCCAGGAGGAAGAGGCCCCGGGGCCCAACAAGGCCAAGGGCCUCAAGGAGCUGAAGGAGCAGAAGAAGCCGCGCAACCGCCGGCACCACGACGAGGGGACCACCCCGGCCCCCGGGACAUGAGGACCCCACCUCCCUGCCCCCCUGCCCCCCCCCCCCCCCCCCCCCCAGACACACACACUCAACCCUCCCUCCCCUGAAGCUUCUCCACCACCACCCCCCCCCCCCAGGGCAAGCCCGGGCCAGUCCUUCCACCCCAUCUCUUUGACACCUUGUGCACAAACCCUCCUGAGAAAAGGGAAAAAAGACUCACCAACAACAAGAUAGAAACUAUUAUAGUGGGCGAGAAGAGGUACUGCGACCGACGCCAGGCAACCGCGGCCAGGUUCUCUGUCCCCUCUGAAACAUAUACACAGUAUUUAUUGUAGGUUGUAAAUACUAUCUCUUUGUACUUAACUAGGUAAAAAAAAAAAUUGUGAAUAGGUAAAUCUGUGCAAAUAUUGUUGUUAAGAUAAUAUUAUUGUCUGUUAUUGUUUAUUGCGAUGUGUUAUUAUAAUGGAAAUAUCUUUAUGUUUUAUAAUUUUGGGAAACAGCAAUGGUACACUUUUGGAACACAUAUGAGAAUGUAUCCACAUUUGAGGAGGACGGAGCAAAAUGCAUUCUGGGAGGUUGUGGUUCUCAUUUUGGACCACUUGACUGCUGGCAGUAUUUCGUCUUUGAGUUCGAGGUCUGAUCACUGGCGGAGUGAUUUUAUAGCUCUUCCUUAAACUGCCCUACUCCGGAGGCAUAAGCAUGAUGAACAAACGUUUUCUACGGUUCCAUCCACUGAUAUUUUUUGGGACAUGGAAAAAAAGAUGAGAGAUUCCGUAGCCUGCAGCCGUGAAGGAGUCUUGAGCUCGCCCAGGGGAUUGCCAGGCCCUCAGUCCUGCUAUGGAACACAUCCAUGGAUCGAUAGUUUCCCAACCUGUCUUCUCUCCCCCCCCCCCCCACUUCCACAGACCCCCACGUGGUCUCGCCAUCCCGCCUUUCCUGUUCAGUUGAAGUCACGCAACCUACCUACCCAAACAUCUUCCGACAUCAAUUGCUGUCAUGUGUUUGUUUUGUUCCUAUUUGAAUAUUACAUCUUAAUGUUGUAUCCUUACGAAAAACGUGAUCUUUGUGAUAAGCUGUUUGGCAGCAAAUGGAUUAUACCAGACAAUGAUCAUUGCCUCUCUCUUUCUCUCUCCCCAUGCGAGUUCAGAGGCUCCAGCAGACCGCUAUGUGUGGAUCCAUCAUGACAGUUUGUGUAAAAUAUCCCCAUGACAAAAAAAAAACACAAAGCACCUUCUUCCUUCAAAUUGGUAAUCCCUGUUGAUGUGUCGCUUGUUCAGUCAGAACUCUAUUCUA